AUGGAAGUCAACGAGGAGUUCACCGAUAUUUACAAGGGUGUCAAACUCUACUGGUCUUCGGUUUCCAAGAAGACACCGACUAAACAAUCUUGCAGUCACAAUGACAUGAAAUCUUCUUCCCGAACAACUAAACAUUCGUUGGAACUCACGUUUCAUCAAGAUUACAAAGAUCUGGUGUUGAACGACUACUUGCCGUUUGUACUUAAGUCUGCAGAGAUGAAGAAACAGGAACAAAAAACCUUGAAGUUAUUCACGGUGUCGUUGUACUCAAGACCAACGAAUUGGAUGUCGGUGAAUCUUGAUCAUCCGACGAACUUUACCACGUUGGCAAUGGAUUCCGGUAUAAAGGAGAAAGUGAUAAAGGAUUUGAAUAGAUUUGUGGAGAGAAGAGAGUAUUAUCGGAAAGUAGGAAAGGCAUGGAAAAGAGGUUACUUGUUGUAUGGGCCACCGGGGACAGGAAAAUCAAGCUUGAUUGCGGCCAUGGCUAAUUACUUGAAUUUUGACAUCUAUGACUUGGAGAUGACUAAUGUCAAUUCAAAUUCGGAUCUACGGGCGUUGUUGUUGGCGACGGCUAACCGAUCUAUACUAGUGGUGGAAGACAUUGAUUGCUCGGUAACUUUAUCGGGAUUUCUCAAUUUAAUUGACGGGUUAUGGUCAAGUUGUGGGGACGAACGGAUCAUCAUCUUCACCACAAACCGUAAGAACAAACUUGACCCUGCUCUUCUUCGUCCUGGUCGUAUGGAUGUUCAUAUACACAUGUCAUAUUUGACAUCAAGUGGAUUUCGUCAAUUGGUUUUUAACUAUCUUGGAAUCACACAACAUAGUCUUCUAGAACAAAUAGACGAUUCUAUGUGUGAGAUAAAAGUUACACCCGCUGAAAUAGCAGAGCAACUACUCAAGGAUGAUGAUCCAGAUAUCGUUUUGAGUGGUCUCAUCGAGUUCUUUGAUGUUAAGAGGAAGGAGAAUGAAGAGGCGGAGGUUGAGGUUGACCCUGAGGCUAAGCCUAAGGCAAGGCGAAGGCAAAGGCAAAGAAGGUAA